GGCUACGACCGACUGGGCCAGCUAAUGGGCCACUUGCCCGAGGUGUCAGCGUUCCGCCGCUUUGGAGCACUCUCCGCCGAGGACUUGCUGUACCGGCAAGCCGAGCUUGUCCAGCUUGAGACCAGUUUGCGAAUGUACCAGAAGGAUGACAAGGAGUCAGACCAUCAAGACCGAAAGCGCUACGCCCUCAACUGGUACAAACUGCAGCGGUCAGUGAGUGACGACGCCCCGGAGGGAAACUACGGCAUUCAGUGGGAGACAAUGCUGGUAAUCAGGGAGAAGUUGAAGGACUACUACGAGGCUUUGCUCCGCCACCGCCAGAUCCUUGAUCUCCGCCGUCCACUUCCAGGCCAAAUCAAGGCUUUGGACGAGUGGAUGCACCGGCCAUCGAUGGGAAAUGUGUAUCUUGAGGGCUUGGACCGUAAAAUCUGGAGCGAACCGGACCUGGACGAUAUGGUCAGCCUGGUCCCUAUGUCUCCUGAGGACAACUUCACCACCGAUUUCACUGUCAAGCUAGUCCACAAGUACAACAGGCUGCUAGGCAGGCACAUACAUCGAGAGGAAACAAAGGACUUCCUCCACAACACGAUUCGCUACCGGGAUGAAGGAGUUUUUCGGGUGCUCAAGAUCCUAUCCACCCUGGUAGCCUCUCUCCUCCCGGUAGCCAGCAUUGCGGUUCUGUAUGCCAUACAGAACAUGCCGGCACGCAUCGGUGCUGUUGCCGCCUUUACCGCGCUCUUCUCCUUUUCCCUGAGCGUCAUCACCUCGGCAAGCACAAAGGACAUUUUCAGCGCUACCGCAGCCUUUGCUGCCGUGCUUGUCGUUUUUGUUGGAACCAGUACA